AUGAAAUUCAUCGAUGAGUUAGACGUGGAGCUCGUAAACCAAACGCUCAACUUCGAGACCAGCGAUUGCAAAGUGAAUGGAGGCUGCGACAUAUUUACUACGAAACCCGUGGCUUCCGACAAAAAACUGUACAAGACUAUAGACAGGCAUCUUGACUCACUAUUGGUCGAGAAUGAGGGCUUCAACAGUGCGGUACAACAGCAAAUAGCGCUGGAAAACCCGGGAAGCGUUUCCUCGUCCCCUCGAGACCAGAAAAGCGAUGCCCACCAUUUGUACAGUACUCGGGGAGACUCUGGUUCUCCUUCGUCCUUUUGGGAGCAGAAGAGAAGGAUUUCCGUGAGCGACAGCAGCAAUGGAAGCGGCGCCAAUGGGUCGUCCCUCAAAACGCACAAACUAAAUGACCAAAAUCUAAAGGAUUUGGUAAACUCCGAAUCUGGCUAUAUGAGUUCUUCUUCCACGGAGUCGCAUUCGCGCCCAAGCGUAGGAGUCAGAAGAACAAGCAGCUCUGGUAGCUUAGCCUUUGGUUCUGGUAUCCAACGGCGGAGAUCCUCGGCACACAAGGAAAGUGUAAAUAUUGGGCCUUUUGGUCCGAUAAACGAAACCGCAAGUAGAAGGGCUUUCGCGUACCUAAUUGCUAUUUUGAAUGCUUCAUAUCCUGAUUAUGAUUUCGCUUCGUUGGAGCCUACGGAUUUCGUGAAGAGCUCCAUGAAGUCCCUUAUCUCCAAAUUUGAAAACUCGCUGAUAUCUUUCGGAAAGCAACCUCAAGAGUGGAUAUGGGAGACGAUUAAUUCACACAUGGAUGUCUCAGAUUGCGCGAUUUAUCAAUACAAGCCAUCGAAAUCGUUCCUGGAUGAUGAGCCUGGUCAUCUGUGGAGUUUAAUGUGGUUUCUGUUUAAUAAAAAGAGGAAAAGGGUUGCGUAUUUAUACUUGAAUGUGUUCAGAUUAAAGUCCGGUCCUUUAGCUGAUAACUUAUCCCCAUUAGGUCUUGCCGACGAAGACGAGGACGACCACGAGAAGGAAAGCUCAAGACGCAAGCCAAAGAGGAAAUCAACAAUUGACCAUGAAUCAAACACUUUCGAAGGUGAGUAUGACCUCACUUGUGCAUCAAAUGAUGAAAACGCCAUCGAAGAUGAUGAUGAGUCCACGGAAAACUGA